AUGACUUCCAUUUGUGCCCUUUGUCUAGGCGACGAUACGGAAAUCCCAUCGUUUGGCACUACAAAAGAUGCUGAGGACCUUAUUAUGCCAUGUUCCACUUGUUCCUUGGUGGUUCACAAGAUGUGCCUUAUGGAGUGGUUCAACUCGCUUCCACCUUCUAAGGUGACUAGAACGUUUAGGGAUGAAACCCAGGGAGUUAAUAGAAGAGCCCGGGCGCCAACUCCAACUAAUAGUGAUAAUGGAAGUGAUAAUGGAAACAGGAGAAAUGGCGAUGUGGGUGUAUUUCCACCUGUUGAUGAAGACGACCUAGACGACCAGGGCAUGUUUAACUUCAACUCCCGCUGGGGUAGCCUUCUUGUCCAGUUUGGCACCGAAUCAUAUGUCUACACGCCUUCUUCAGAAAUGGUUGGUCUUGGUGACAACACCUCCAUCAUGCUUUCCACAGAUUGCCCUCAAUGUAAAAACAAAAUCGUCUUCAAGAUGUCUCAUUCGUCGCUCCUUGCACUCAACAGUUUAGUCAGAUCAUCUAUCAAAGACAUGGUUCUGUACCUGGGUGUCUUUAUGGGUGUAUCGGGAGCUGCCAUUGGAAUAGUGACGGUAGGAUAUGCUGGUCUCACUCGUUGUGGUGUGAACAUGCUUGAGGUAAUGAUUCCAGAAUCAAUUUUGGUCUCCUUGCUUCGAAAGAAAACACCACCAGCGCCAGGAUCAUCUUUGAGUACGGCGGUACCUCUGGCGGACCGUAUGGAAUGGGAUAUUAAUGUCUUGAGUCACUUCCGCUUUCAGCUUGUGCCUUUACUACCACUAGUCUUGUUCCGGAUGCGUUUCUCCUCGAUAUUCGGAUGCAUCUUCAAUACUUCAGCCCUGUCGAUGCUUACAGAUGUAUUCAAUGAGUUCCUUGUUUGCCAAUACGUUUCUUCUUUGGGUAAUCAUAUGCUUGCCAAAAGCUUGUAUGCUAACGUCAAGCAAGGUCUUGUUUCCGCAUGGAGAUCCCGCUCUUUGGGUUUGCUUGGCUGGACUGGUCUUACCAAAGGCAUCAACUGGUGGGAUCCUAAUAUUAUGAUUGGGUCUAUGGUGCCUGCAAGAUGGCUUUAUGACUUGUUGUUCCGUCUCACGGUUAACAAGCGCCAUUUCGAUCUUUCUAUGGCUGUGCGUCCAAAGAGCAUUGCUAACUCACUCAGUGAAAGUGAGCUUGCAAGGUACGAAACCAUCGAGAAUCGUUUAGGAAAGCUUCAUUUUGAAUUGCGGGACAAGGUCAGAAAGGCGAAGCGUAACUCUAAUUUUGUCGGUUCAACGUCACCGGUGAUAACAGCCUUGAAGCACAAGCUUCUCACAUCGCUGCUUAUAUUCAAAGAUGACUUUGCAUGGCGUUGGAUCAAGCUUAAGGUUCAAUCUUGGCUGUUCAAAUCUCUUGCGUGCCUAAAGAACGACUAUUCGUCGUCGUUACUCGUAAACCUGAGAGUCGUCACUGGUGUGACUACCUUCCUAUGGCCCUUCCUUGCGGCUGAUGUUGGCAGAAUAAUACUUACAAUGCUUCUGAGGUCGUCUUGGUUCCAGCAUGUUCCGAAGACAAAAUUGAUUCUCUUGGCUAACCUUAUAGGUAUGUUUGGAGUAACCUUCCUCAAAGACAUGUUUAACCUAUAUUUGAGUGCCCAUAAAGCAGGCCACUUAUCCAACAUGACCAUUGUCACAUCAAGAGAAAGAAGACCAAGUACAACUACAUCACCAACGCCGACACAAACGGCGUCUGUUCCAGGAGCAUUUAACCAGUAA